GAGCCGGAAACCGUAGAAGAAGAAAGCCUUCAGGAAAUUCCAUUCGGUUAUUUGGUUUUUCAGUUACUCCGUAUUUUGAGAUAUUAAGCCAUAAAAUAUGAAGUUACGAUCUUUAUAAUAGUAGGAUAACCAGCUGAUAUUAAAGUGGACCUUAAGAAAAUGCCGUUGUUAAUUCAAAAUAGAGGACUUGACCGCAUAAGCUCGACAGCGGAACUGUUCGACAAAUAUCCACAUUUACAGGAAAAUGCAAGAACAUUUAGCUCCAAGCUACUUGUUGAUGUCGACCCAAAGUGCCUCUUAUAUGUUUCACAAAGAGAGUUUGCUGCCACAACACCAGCAGACAAAUGUGUUUCAGUAAUUGGAUCUGGUGACGCCACCACCUGCCAUGUGGUUGUUCUGCGACACACCGGAAGUGGAGCUGUUUGCCUUGCUCACUGUGAUGGUUCCAGCACCUGGUCUGAAGUCCCGCUCCUUGUGAAAGCUGUGAUGUCUCUGAGUAGCGUCAGUAAGGAGGGCAGACUUGAGCUCCAUCUUGCCGGGGGAUUUAACGAUGAGUCAAAAACAUCCCAUAAACUCAGCCUUAACAUACUGGCAGCUUUCCAGAAACUGAAAGAGGAUAUUCAUCUGGAAACAUGUUGCAUCACAGAAAUGAAUGACAUUGUUGUUGAUGGAAGAAGUCAUCGUCCUGUAGUAUACGGAAUAGGUGUGAAUGUUAAAACAGGGGAAGUGUUCCCUUCGUCAUUUACUCAUAAAGGACCUGCAGAGGAGCUGCGAUCGGCAAGGACCUUCACUGGGGGACAGAUGGCAGACAUAUAUGACUCAAGUCGAGGGCUUGUUAAAAUUGGGCCUUGCAAGUGGUCUCCAAAUCUGGAUAUUGCCUUCUGGUUGUCACAAAAUGAUGACACAAUUUUAAAGUACCUGUCCACCUCUCCGAUGGCUGAGCCGCCACACUUUGUCCAGCACAUGAAGACCACCAUCCAGUUCCUUUUAGAACACCCCAACUCUGAUAGCCUGUUCCCCGGGGGUCAGCCACAGCUCUACCACAGGACUGAGAGGGGGGACUGGGAGAGGGCUGUCUAGCCAAAGAGAUCUACUCGUAUCUCUCGCUGGACCUUACCAUGGAACCUGACUGUUUUUGCCUCUCAGCUCAAUGGAUACACUGUGACCCAUCCAUCCACUGUCUGUAUUUUGUUUAUUGUGUCUUAACAUGGAGGUUGGCCCUGGCUGGAGCAUACUGCAUGUGUGUUGAAUGGCUAUCCUGACCCCUCUGGCUGGUCCAGUAAAAAGAGUAGAGAAGGUACAAGUGAUUAUGUUAGUGCCUGUAACAAUGAAUUGUUCUACUCUUGGGAGAUGGUGUCAAAUAUGGAACUUAUAUCAUCUGCUGUGUUGCAGUAAGUAAGUCAAGGUUAAAGUCCUACUAUACUUGGCUGUUUGGAUUGUCAAAGGAUUUAUUAACUCUUUUGUCUUGUGUCUAGUCAACAAGUUGUUUUUUCCAAAGCCUAUUUUUUCUUCUAUUCAGUUCCAAACUUGCAUGCAUCCACUGUUCAGCUUAUAGCAGUACAGUCAAGCAACUUGUACAAUUCAAACUUUAAUCAUUUGCCUUUAUAUUUUUGUCAGUCAGUUAAUGUCAAAUCAAACCUGGCCAAUCUCAAGCAAGUUGUAAGAUUGGCCAGGUAUUACAAUCUAAAACUAAAGGUAUGCUAUAGUAAUGUAUACAUAAUAUGUAUUUACUGGGCAAAAAAUGUGAAACCAUAUGAAUGAUCUAAAGCCUGACCUACUAUUGAGCAGUAAUUUCAGGUAGAAAACUUGCUGUUUAAAACAGUGAAGAAAAUACUAAUUGCAAAGCUCUGCAUUGUUGAAAGUUUAUUUUUCUCUACCAAUGCACCUUCCUGAUGAAAAUGUUUUACUUCAUCAGACGGGGGAUACUUGGCCAUGAAUGUGUAUGUUUUAGGAAACGGCAUGUGUCGAUGUGUAUACUAAUCUGCAGGGGGUGGUGUGGAUUCUUAACAAACACAACAAAAUAUGAUUUUACAAUUUUUUGAAUUUUUUUUAUGGUUGAAAUGAAAACAACACCAUAUAAACUGUAUACGGCCUUUUCAUCAGUUGUGUUGUUCGGGAGAUUGCAAGGUACUUAAAGCAUGUUUGGACAGACUGUACAUGUUGCUAAAUAAAUGUAAAUGGUCAAAUCGA